AUACUCGCUAGGUUUGCCGAACCAGCUCCUCGACGGGACCUAGUAUAAAAAGAAGAAAACAUUUUCAUAAUUCCCUUUAUACCCUCAUUAAUCUUCAAUGGCUUCUUCAUCAUCAAGAGCGAAACCUAAUAAUAAACCUUCUAGUAACUUCUAUUCUUAUUCCACAUCAAACGCACCGUUUUCGUCUCAAUCACCAAACUUCGCUUCUUCCACAACCGCUUCCACUUUCUUCAAUAAACCACACGCUCACACUAACAACCAUCACCACCGAUCGGCAUCACCCACACGUGUCAACUUAACCACCGGUUCAGUUUCGAAUUUCCGGUUUUCAAUCGAUCAUCGGUCCAUAUCUCCAAACCGAACCGUUCCAAGCCACGUCAUCAGCCAGAAGAAUCACCACCACAACCACAACUCAAUCCAGAAGAAGACAUGUAUGUGUUCGCCGACGACGCAUCCUGGUUCGUUCCGGUGUAGUCUCCACAAAAACAGCGGUUCAAAUUCGAUCCAUCAUUCCGAUUCGUAUCCGUCAAACCGGCUUAACAUGCGUAGAUCGGCGAUGAAGAAUUCCCUGGUGAGAAUCGGAGGAGUUGAAGGCGAGUGGGUGAAACGAGCAUUGACCGCUUUGAUUCGUCCUUCUUCGCAUCAGCAGAAGAGGAGAUCGGCGUUUGAAUCUAGACCGAGUCGUCUCUCCGUCAUGUCCAAGGCUGAUGAAUGAGGAACAAGAUCUGUGAAAUAUUUUGUUUCCUCUUCUAUUUACAGGUUCGAUUUUGCCGCGCAACUGUUCCUGAAGAAAUUGCUACUCCGCCGCCGGCAUUAGAAAUCGAAGAAGCAGCGCCUCCGACAUUCACAAUCGGAGUACCAGCGCCGCCGGCAUUCAUUAUCGGAGAAGCAGCGCCUCCGGAGCGAUCGAUAAUUCCGACAUAGAUCUGUGAUACUGGAUAAUUUUGUACAUGAAAUUUGCUAUGGAAUAUUGAAGGAGAAUUUUGGACAGUUUAAUUUUUGUGAAUGGAAAUUUAAUUAGAAAAAAGAAACUUAAAUUGAAUCGAAAUUACAUUUCGGAUUAA